AUGGCUGGACUCUCAGGAUUUAGGAGCCUUUCUCCCAAAGCUAAGAAUUUGGUGGUUGCCGGGGGUUUGACAGCAUUUGUCUUCGGAACGUACUACUACACGAUGAGAGCUGUUGGAGGUACAGAUGAACUGCAAGUAGCAAUAGAUAAAUUUGAAGCAGAGAAGAGCAAGACAGCGGGUGAUGGUACUAGCAUGCCAUCAAAGGUCUAAUUUCUUUUUGCAAGAAAAACAGUAGUUUUCUCUCUGCUUUUACUACUUUGUGUUAACAUAAAGGCUUUAGUUGUUUUACAUGACAUGAAAAUGUUAAAAUGUGAUAUUGAACUCACUUGUUAUUAAGUUUCAUGUAUGAUAACUGAGUGGUAGGGUUAGUAUAGUAUAACUGAGAUUCUCUUGUUGGAUUGUGAAGAAUUUAUGAUGAAAAGCCAAGUUGGGGAUUAUGAUGCAUGUAAAAUAAACUUUGCCACUGCUUUCUAUUGUAUGAAGCUGGGGCAGAAUGGCAUUACAAGGUUAAGAUGAAAAAAAUAAAGCACAUUUUCUGUUUAUGAUUGUGUAGUGUUGCUGAAUAAGAUUGUGUGAUGGGUUAAACUCCAAAUUCUAUCGA